AUGUCAUAUCGUUUGAUCUUAUUAUAUCGGCUCUACGGUAACAACACAUUGAACACAUGUUUUGUUCAUGUCACAACGGUGUCCUUUAAAUUCGAUAAGCAUAAUCGAUCAUAUAAGUGCAUGCAAUUAGCUGUAACUUCAAAUCGAAUACUUGCUAAACCCCAGAAUUUGCACUGUAACGAGGUGCGAUAUGGUGGAAAGUUCUCUCGAGAACCCUUAUCAAAAAAUGAAGCCCAUAUCAAUCCUUAUCAAGAAAAAUCUGCAGCUUUGUCGUUUUGUAGUAAAAGUAGCAUUAAUGAUAAGGUGGUUAAGUCUUAG